UCAGUAAGGAUAUCAAUGUGGUUUCAAGACAGUGACAAACAGAAAAAGGUGAUUGCUUUUGAUGUGCCUUGUACUAUAAUGCAGUAUAUGAAAUGGCAGUUUAUUCUCAAUUUACCUCCUUGGCUUGAGCAAUUAAACAUUCUCCUAAAGAGAAAAAAGAUUCCAGGUACAGUUACUUCGGAUUGUGUUGUCCAGGUUCAAAUGAAAGUUGAUAAUGAAAAAGUUUUACAAGACUUAGGUACUUCUGUCUUUAAUCAUGCGAUGGAUGAACUUGGAAAAAGCCUGUGUGUAAGAGAAAUGGUUACAGCAUGUAACCAAUUUGACAUGUGCAUGCAACAAUUAAGGCAAGAGAAAGUAGGUAUUCAUGCCGAAGUUUUAAAAGACAAAUUAUAUAUUGUAUAUAGGACAUGUGAUCAGAAGUCAGUUUUAGAAUCUUUAAAAGACGUAAGACUUGCAGGAGAUAAAAAAAUAAAAGAAACAAUUGAGACAUCUCUAGUUUGUAUUAAAUUGGCGCACAUGAUGGAGCUUGAGAAAACUUUAAAGUUGCUUUGUAGUUCCACCAAACUAAAAAUUGUGUUUGAGACAUGCCCAGAUAAGUUUAAAGUAAUCUUUACUGGACCUGAGAGAGCUGUGAAUUUAGCAAAGCAAGAAUUUAAUCGGAUUAGCCGACAUAUUGUGUCAGAAAGAUGUACACUUCAUAUAAUAGCAAGGUCUGCUAUACCAGAACUUGAAGUUGAUAAGGUCCUUGAUGAACAUCUUUCAAAAUUAGGCAUUAAAUGUGUAACAUUACAAAAGACCGACGAGAUUUAUAUAUAUGCAUUGGAAAAAAACAGCUUAAGAAGGGCAUCAGAUGAAAUAGCAAGACUGAUUAUAGAAAAGACAUGUAUAAUCAAAGGUGACCUUAAACAUCAAAAGGAUUUACUUGUUGCACAAGUUAAACAAACAUGGCCUGGAUUAGUAGUCCUGCACAUAGAAGAGAGUGGCUAUCUUUAUAUUGUUGGUGUGAAGGAUUGUGUUGAAAAAGCAAGUCAGUGGGUGUCUGAACUGCAGAAAGGCAAACAAACAUUAGAAGAAUUCUUAAGCAUGCAAAGUGCUGAGAAAGUUGAUAAAGAGCAUGAUGAAAAUGGUCCUAAGAGGAUGCAGGAAAAGCAAGAAGAACCGUUAAAAGUUAAGGGUGAUCAGACAGCACUGAGUAAGAAUUUUGAAAAGGCAAAUGAGGAGACUGGAAAAAAGCUUGAAAACAAAAGAGCUGAACCGGGAGAAAAUUUACUUACAGAUAUGAAAUAUGCUGGUGAAGACAGUAGUGAGAAAAAUGAAAUAUCCGUACAGAAGAAAAAGAACAAAGCUUUGACAAAAAGAUGCCAUAAAGAUAGUGCACAACAGGAUAUGCACAACAUCAAUAAUAUGGCUGCAAAAGAAAGCCCAGAAACAAAGGAAUAUGAAGAAAGGAAAGAAAAACAAAGGCAGGAUCAUACACUCUGCUCAAAUAAAGAUGCGAUUGAUGAUUCAAAGUUAAAGCUUACAAAGCUGGAAGAAAAUGAAGCAGUAACAAGGAAAAUGGAUAAGAGAUUUAGAAAGGAACAAAUUGAAAAGAAUGACCAAAAGUCAGGAGAACAUCUUUUUUCAACAUCAGAUUUAGAUACACAAGUUAUAGACAUUUCUCAUCCUAUACAUGCACAGUUUAUGAUCAAAGAUGAGAGUAGAUCAUUUUUAUCAACUUGUGCAGAUGAUCAUAAUGUAACGAUACAUCAGGUCAUUGACUACAGGUUAGCAGAUAUUGUUGAAGUUGCUGAAAAUGCUGUCUUCACUCCAGAGGAAACAAUAGAACGCUCAGUUUUAUGGAAAGUGAAAAGAGUGCAGAAAAUAUUGCAAUUGACAACAAAUCAAUAUGAUGGAAAUGCAAACUCUGGGUCUCGUUUCGUAAAUGUGAAGUUCAAAGAAUGCAGACAUAAUAAAGAUUCUAUAACUAUUUCUAAUGCGGAACCAGUAUCAGUGAUAAUACGUUUACCAGAAUGGAAAGAUGGCCAUGGGAAUGAAGACAUAUUGAGUGACUUGUUGACUCAAUUUCUUUCACAAACAGAGUUUGCGGAUGUCAGCCAUAUUGUUAUGCACCUAGAGGCAUGUAAUGGCUGGCCAAUAUCUGCCUUCAUCAAAUGUAUUGUAUCAGUGAAAGGCAUAUUUCUAAAUGACAUCAAAAAGUUACCUCACAUGGUAACCCUGAUACUGAAAGAAAAUGCAAAGUUUGGUGAGACACUUCAUUAUAUCAACAGGCGCAUUCGUAAAUAUUUAAAAGCAGAGAGGGAAAAACAGAAUGAAUUGCAAGUCAUCUUAAUGCCAGGAGAACUUGCCAAAACAAAGGCUGAUGUGAUAGUUAACACCACUUCGAGAGACUUGGAUUUGACAAAUGGGAAAGUGUCAUCAACAUUACUAAAGGCUGCAGGUCAAGGUAUACAGAGAGAAUGUUUUGAAAAAUUUCCAAGAGGCAUAUCAAUAUCAAAGCAUGAGGUAGCUGUGACAGGUGGCCACAAAUUACAUUGUGAUAAAGUUUUCCACAUUGCCUUAGAUAGGUAUAUACCUAAACAGGAAAUGAAUACUAUAGAGAGUAUUCGUACAUUGGUAACACGUUGCCUGGAGCAAGCGUCAGAAAUGGAGUACAAGACGAUAGCUUUCCCCGCUAUCGGGACAGGUGUUUUGAGAUAUCCUAUAGACCUUGUGGCAGCAGCUAUGUUCGAGAGCGUUGAGCGUUUCAAGAGUGUUUACAUGGAUACAUCAUUGACAACAGUUUUCUUUGUCAUAUAUCCAGCAAAUAUAACAGUUAUGGAGAUUUUCAAAAAGCAUGAAGAAUCACUAGGAAAACCACUAGAAGUUGGCAGACAAAAAGAGGACAUUCCUAGAGUUCAAAUAAAAAUAUCUGGCCAGACUGAGAAUGUUGAAAAAGCAAAGUCCUGUGUCUUGGAAAGGUGUGAUGACGAACUGUACAACCCGUCAGAUAAAAUUCAAGUAUGUUUCAAACAAGUCACAUUGCAAGAGUAUUUAUUACUUAGGCAUAUGUAUGAGGUCCCUUCUGUUGAAAUGGAGCACAAGAACGAUUGCCUUGUAUUAUCUGGUAAACGUAAAGAACUGAAACGUGCAGCCGAUGAUGUUGAAGAGUACUUAAAAGAAGUGAGAAGGUAUGUCUCCUGCUCUGUAAGUGUGCAAGGUUGUGACACCAAGUCUGUUAAAGAAGAAAUAAAGCUUGUUAAUCAACGUGGGAGUUGUAUGUGUAUAUUUGACAGAAUAAGUGCUAUUGUGUACAUAUAUGCUCAUGAAUCUAGAAAAUUAAAAUCAAUACAGGACAAAAUAGUACAAAAAUUAGGUAUUGGCCUACAGAAAUCUGCGUGUUUUGGCAAUGAACAGGCUGUCGCCCAAGUGGCCCAAAAACUUCAAAGUGAAGUGAAUACCUCUUCAGAGAGAAGAAACGUACAAGCAAAUGACAAUGAGCAUUCACAGCAACACCUAAAUAAGUCUGUCAUAUUAAAUGAUGGCCAGGAAGACAAGAAGAAAACAACCCAGAGAAAGAACAUUGUCAGACAAUUUUCAUGGACACAGAACACCAAAAAUAUGAAAGUAUAUGACAUCAGCGGACUAUGUGUUAGAGUAUAUGAAGGUGAUAUAAUCGGUGUUCCAGUUGACUGUAUUGUAAAUCCAGCAAACAGCAACCUUUCACAUACUGGAGGACUGGCAUUAUCCAUAGCAAAUGCUGCUGGAAACGGGUUGGAUAUUGAAUCAGUGAAAAUUACUGCAUCUUAUGGAGGAGCUUUACCAGUUGCAGAAGUUGUUAGAACAACAGCAGGGCUGCUUCCAUACAAAUGCAUACUUCAUGCUGUAGGGCCAUGUUGGUAUGACUAUUCUCCAUUAACAGAAGAAAGUAUUGGUGAAUGCUUGCAUCAACUUAAAUUGACAACUAUUAGAUGCUUCCUAGCAGCUGAACGAGAAGGCUUACAGACAAUAGCCAUUCCGACUAUUUCGUCAGGCUUAUUUGGUGUGCCAAAAGAGUUGUGUGUGAUACAGUAUGCAAAAGCAGUUAUAGAUUACAGCACAAUACAUAAUGGACUGAAAGAAAUACACAUUGUUGACAUCAAACCUGACAUGAUAGAUAUAAUACAUCAUGUCUUUGACAUGAUGAUCGUCCAAAAACAAAAUAUCAAACUUGAUGUACAGAGGUAUUGUCAGGUAGAAACUAUGGCCAAUGCAGAAACAAAACACAAUUCCAAAAAGUUAACAGAAGAAAUACAUGUUAAUAGUCAAUUUCAUAAUGAAAGAAGUGAACAUACAGAAAAAGAUAUUGGUUGGAAUGCAACAUACGCAAUUGAUGGUUCAAAAUUGAUAUGUGUAUUUUCGUCCAACAAAGAAGUGCAGAUAUACCAUGGUGAUAUUGUAAAAUUGCGAGGUAUUCAAGCUCUUGCAUGUAGUGAAAACAGAAAAGGUGAAGCGAAAGGGGAAGUUGCAAAUCACCUAGCGGAAACAAAUGGAAAAGAUUAUCUUAAGGAGAAAUCAGAAAUGUUCAAGUCCAGUUACAAUUAUGGGGAUAUUGUUUUUACUUCUGGUGGAAAAAGCUGUUUUAAAGGCAUUGUACAUGUGAUUACUCCGAGGAAAGAUAUAAAAGCACUACAUAUGAUGUACAUCAACUUACUUGAGAAACUUGCAAAAGAAAACAUUAGCAGCAUUGCACUUCCACUUUUUGGGACAGGUUCAGGCAACUUUUCACUCAGUACAAGUGCCACAGUGUUCCUGGAAGAAUGGAGAAGGUUUGUAAGAAAAUACCAUGGAUAUGCCUUGACGAUCCAUCUUAUUCUUGUUGAUAAGUAUACUUCAGACCUUGUUAAAGAUAUCUUCAGACAACACAUUAAUGCUUGGAAUGGAAAUUCUGGUGGGCCGUCAUUUGAUGCUCAGCAACAAAUUGAAGAGAGAAAUAAGAGAAGGGAGGAGGACAAGAAAGAUUAUGAGGAUCGUAAAGAAAAUAAAGAGAAAAGUGAUGCCGUUUCUACAGAAAUUGAAGAUGAUUGCGUUAUAUGUAUGGACAAAAUUGAGGAAGCAGCAAAGCUGAAAUGCGGUCACCAAUUUUGCAAAGAAUGUAUUGAAGGAUAUUUCAAGGUUAAACAAGUGUGUCCGACAUGUGGGCAAGUAUGUGGUGUUGUCAUUGGUGAUCAACCUGAUGGGACAUUAGAUGUUGCUAAGAUACGAUCAAGUUGUACAGGAUAUGAAGGGUGUAAGACCAUAGCGUUGUCGUAUAAUUUCCCUCCUGGCUAUCAAGGGCAAAUGCAUCCACGACCAGGGGCAUACUACAGAGGUAUAUGUCGAACUGGAUUUUUACCUGACACAAAAGAGGGUAGAGAAAUAUGUGCCAUGUUGAAAGUUGCAUUUGAAAGGAGAUUGGUAUUUACAAUUGGAACAUCUAGAACUACAGGGGAAGAAGGUGUUAUUACAUGGAAUGAUAUUCAUCAUAAAACAGAUCAUAGACCUGGUACUCAGUUUGGCUACCCUGAUGAAACUUACCUACAAAGGGUGAGAGAAGAACUUGCAGUGAAAGGAGUUACAGAACAAGACUUAGACAGAAAGCUUCUGAAAGAGCUGAGCAAGGAACCAUUUUGUGCUACGUAUAAAACAGACACAACAGUAUGAUACCUGAGCAUGUUAUGUUUGUAGAAAAGUGAAAUAUCAAACAUACAAGAUUUUAUAGACUGUUUCGU